CUCAUAGUGUGGGGCGCCUGAUGCUCAGUGUUUCAUCCAGGCAUAUUGCUCCUCAGACCUCGUCUGUGUUUUUAAAAAAGAAAUACAACAACACCCUUCUGCUCAGUGGUGUCGGUCCGGGAUAUUGCAACGCAACAGGGAAAAAGGAGAAGAGUUUCCUUCACCACUUCCAUCCAGGACUUCAGGGGCCAGGAACAGUGUAAUUUCUCCCAGGUCUCGCCAUGUCCGUCGACCCGGCGGUCGAGCUGCCGUUCUUCUACGGCAGCAUCAGCCGCUCAGACGCGGAGCAGCACCUGAAGCUGGCGGGGAUGGCCGACGGCCUCUUCCUGCUGCGACAGUGUCUCCGCAGCCUGGGAGGCUACGUCCUGUCGGUGGUGUGGAACCUGGAGUUUCAUCAUUACACCAUAGAGAAGCAGCUCAACGGGACUUUCUGCAUCCCGGGGGGCAAGCCUCACUGUGGGCCGGCAGAGCUCUGCGAGUUUUACAACAAAGAUCCCGACGGCCUGGUGUGCACCCUGAGGAAGCCUUGCUUGCGACCUCCAGAAAUGCAGAUCAAGACCGGCGUGUUCGACAAAAUGAGGGAGAACAUGUUGAGGGAGUACGUGAAGCAGACCUGGAACCUGGAGGGGGAAGAGAUUGAGAAUGCCAUCAUCAGUCAAGCGCCUCAGCUGGAGAAGCUGAUCGCCACCACGGCCCACGAGAAGAUGCCGUGGUAUCACGGUCAGAUCAACCGCCUGGAAGGAGAGCGGCGCCUUUACUGUGGAGCACAACCAGACGGCAAAUUUCUAGUCAGAGACAAAAACGAGCAGGGUUCAUUCGCUCUCUCUUUAGUUUACGGGAAGACGGUUUACCACUAUCAGGUCAUCCAAGACAAAUCAGGGAAGUUAUCUGUGCCAGAAGGAACUAAGUUUGACACAAUCUGGCAGCUGGUUGAGUAUCUGAAGAUGAAACCUGAUGGCCUGGUAACCUCUCUCGGGGAGGCGUGUGUCAACAGCGCAGCAGCUGAGAAAACACCCAGUCUUCCACGUACAAGGGGUGAGGUUCGAGGAAAUGGAUACACACCGCCACCUCGAGCCUUUCCAGGACCCUCGGUGGCAUCUGCCUCUGUGCCUGUAGACCGUGACGUUCUGCCUAUGGACUGCGCUGGAUUCAACCCGUAUCACAACCCAAAUGACAUCAAGAGGUUCAACAUCGAGAGGGAGAAGCUGCUGAUGGAUGAGGUGGAGCUGGGCUCCGGGAACUUUGGCUGCGUGAAGAAGGGAGUCCUCAAGAUGGAAUCUGGUCAUGUAGACGUGGCCGUCAAAGUGCUGAAGAGUGAGAACGAGAAGGGGGUGAGGGAGGAGAUGAUGAGGGAGGCAGAGAUCAUGCACCAGCUGGAUAACCCCUUCAUCGUCCGCAUGCUCGGACUGUGCAACGCCGAGAACCUGAUGCUCGUCAUGGAGAUGGCCGCCGCUGGUCCGCUCAACAAAUUCCUCACCAGCAAUAAGGACACUGUGACUAUGGAGAACAUCGUCAACCUGAUGCACCAGGUGUCGAUGGGGAUGAAGUAUCUCGAGGAGAAGAACUUUGUCCACAGAGACCUGGCGGCUCGCAACGUCCUGCUGGUCACCAAACAGUUUGCCAAAAUCAGCGACUUCGGUCUCUCCAAGGCGCUGGGAGCUGAUGACAACUACUACAAAGCUCGUACCGCAGGUAAGUGGCCGCUGAAGUGGUACGCCCCCGAAUGUAUAAACUACCACAAGUUCUCCAGUAAAAGUGACGUGUGGAGUUUCGGCGUCACCAUGUGGGAGGCGUUUUCCUACGGAGGAAAGCCUUACAAGAAAAUGAAAGGUCCGGAGGUGAUGCGCUUCAUUGAAAACAACAACCGCAUGGACUGUCCAGCAGCAUGUCCAGAGAGAAUGUACACAGUGAUGAAAGAGUGCUGGACAUUCAGUCAUGAGGAGCGGCCUGACUUCAAGAAGGUUGAGGAGUCCAUGAGGUCUUAUCAUUACUCCAUAUCCGCCAAGGCCAAGACUGACGAAACUGCAGCCGCUGCUAAUCCCACCAACUAGACAUGAAAAAAAAAAGGCACAUUCUGUCCCAGAGCCACACAAAGCUUCCUUUCAACCGAUCAUUAAACUACCAAAACAAAGAGUUUUUUAUGAGCAACGCUCGCUGGCCAGCUUUGACUACUGUGGAGAUAGAACUAAACAGGCCUCAUUGUCAAUAAAUGUGCAUUUGAGAAUUGGAUCUCAGCUUUUCAGCUGCGGAGGGAGGUCCGCUGUGGUGGUUUGAAUGUUAAGUAGUCUCACAUUGACGGAUGAACUAAUUCUGUAUUCUUGCUUUGGCUAUAUGUUGCACUGUCCUGCUACCAGCUCACGGCAGUUAAUUGUUUUUAAGCCCAAAAAGUAAUUUAUGAUUUGAGUUAAAUUUCUGUGAAUGUUCUUAACAUAGCAUAGAGUAUCUUUAUUUGAAUUGCUAAAGCAUGAAUGCAUAUGGUGUGUAAGUAAAAACAUCAAUUACUCUUAUACAGAGGCCUGAAGGGCUUGAUUAUAUUUUAAAUGACUAAAAAACUAAAUCUGCAGACUUAUCAAGCAUGUAGCAGUAAAAGAAAUGGUUGUAAGAAAGGAAAAGAACAAAAAAGUAGCAAACAAACAAAGACAAUUCUCAAUAAUAGUCUUAAAUAAACACAUCGAGCAUCAUAGUUCUUAUUUUGAUGAGUUUUUAAGCCCAAACAGUAAUUUAUGAUUUGAGUUAAAUUUCUGUGAAUGUUCUUAACAUAGCAUAGAGUAUAUUUAUUUGAAUUGCUAAAGCAUGAAUGCAUACUAUGUGUAAGUAAAAACAUCAAUUACUCUUAUACAGAGGCCUGAAGGGCUUGACAAUAUUUUAAAUGACUAAAAAACUAAAUCUGCAGACUUAUCAAGCAUGUAGCAGUAAAAGAAAUGGUUGUAAGAAAGGAAAAGAACAAAAAAGUAGCAAACAAACAAAGACAAUUCUCAAUAAUAGUCUUAAAUAAACACAUCAAGCAUCAUAGUUCUUAUUUUGAUGAGAGUUAAGUCAGUUUCUUUAUUUGUAUGCUGUUCUGGGUAAGUAUUUAUUCAUCUGUGGUCUUUGUGUUGAAGUAUGACAGGGUUGCUGCCAGAUUUAUGAGCCAAAAAUCAACAGGGUUUUUUUUCUUUCUUUCAGUAAUUUAAACAUGAUGUAUUGUAGUUCUCUUUGACUAUGUUAUGAAAUUGAUGUUAGUCAGCUUGCGACAGUAUCAGAGGAAGUGUUUCGGUCCUGCCGGGCAACACGGAAGUUGUUAAACUGUUCUUCAAAAUAAAAUAAACUUCU